AUGCAUAAAUCACAAGUGUCAAUGUUUAAGAAGUCUUUGUGUUAAUUGCCUGACCAAGGAGAGGAUAUCAAAAUCAUAAAAUUUCGACUAUUAAAUUUCAAGAAAUGUUAGGAAGAAAUAAACAGAAUUUAAGCUUGA